AUGUCGGCACUCGUGGAGGAGGAGGAUGAUCGCGAUCUGGCCGGGUCUCAAGAUGGAAGCUCCGACAACGAUAUCGACGAGACGAUGCGCGAUGCCGACGAUGCCGAGGGAGAUAACGAACCAGAUGCCGAUGGCGACGGAGACCAAGACGCAGAUAGCCCCUCGAACGCCAGCCAGGCGUCCGAGGGGGGCGGCGGCAGUGCUUCACAGCAACAGAACCAGGACGGCACGGAAGGCACAUCGCCAGGACCCGGGCAAGAAGAGUCGUCUUUCUCCGUCUACCACCCGCCUGUGCGUCCCGAGUGCCUGACGGCCAAAUCCUACGAUAUCGCGCCCACCACCGCCGCGCCACAUAGCACGUCGAUUAAUGCCAUCGCAGCUACGGCGGAUAUGCGCUGGGUCUUCAGUGGGGGGUCGGAUGGAUAUGUGCGGAAAUUCAACUGGGCGGACACCAUUAACAGCAAGCUAAUGUUGACUGUGGCGCAACGACAUCCAUUCGUGGAUAGUGUGGUCAAGGCAGGUGUGCUGAUGACAUACUGGGAGAAUAUGGAUGGGACGAAUCUGUCACCUGUGUAUUCCCUGGCCAGCCACAGCGAGGGUAUGUGGUUGCUCUCUGGGUUAGAGUCUGGAGUGAUUCGGCUACAGACUCUGCGCCAUGAAGAGGGCAAGGAGAUUGCCCGGCUACGACAGCAUACCUCGGCGGUGUCCACGUUGAACUUGACCUCGGAUGAAAAGUCCGUGCUGUCGGGUAGUUGGGACAAACGGGUCUUUGACUGGGAUUUGAAUACGGGACAGGUGCGGCGUGCCUUUGGAGGCAGCGCAGCACAGAUCUGUGCUGUGCAAAUCCGGCCUGAUUCUACGCUCCCGGUGCCGCAGGAUACCGUUGAGCCCCAACAAUCGAAUGGAACAUACGCAUCGAAUUACGGGGCCAGUGGCCACGAGAGUUUCGGCUUCAUGGAUACUUCGCAGGAUACCGGAGAGGCGGCCGCCGCUGAGAACCCGCAGGCGGGUUCACCAGCGGACUCGCUUUUCGGGGGCGCGGACUCGUUAUUCGGCGAUGCGGACGGUGGAGUCGCAGAUGGUGGAGAGCCCUCUGCUGGCGGGGUGUUUGGCGGGGAUGAAGACGACGAGUUUGGUCGCGCACUGGGGAACGGCGUUCUUGUGGACGCGGAUGAUGCACCGGGAGAAAUUGACACGGAAAUGCCACCCCCUUCUGAUUCCAUCCAAGGAAAACCCACACAACCCGAUGAUAUAACUGUCAAUACCGGAAACGCACAGUCAGAGAUACCCGAUGCUGAUAAUCCCACCGGGCCGGACCAACCAGCCGUCAACGGACUCCCCAAGGCCGAAGAUCUCGAAACGCCAUCGUUCAGCGGAGAGCCAUUUCAGAACACGCAGCAAGAGCAAAACGUCGUGACCGACACCACCUUCCUCGCCGCAUCUAUUGAUGGAACCAUCCGUAUCUGGGACCGCCGACAGCCCGACCCAGUCGCCCGAAUCACUCCCCGCAAUGUACCACCAUGGUGCAUGAAUGCCUGCUGGUCCCCCGACGGGAACUAUAUUUAUGCCGGACGCCGGAACGGCACAGUCGAGGAGUUCAGUCUGCACAAGGGACUCCGCAAUGCCGAGCGCACGUUCAAAUUCCCACAGGGAAGCGGGCCUGUCACAGCACUGAAGGCCAUGCCCAACGGGCAACAUCUUGUCUGUGCCUCCCAUGAUAUCCUCCGCCUCUACGACCUGAAACACGAAGAGACAUCUCGACACUCAACGGUACCGUUCUUGAUUAUCCCCGGUCAUCGCACGGGCACAAUUUCCCAGCUGUUUGUCGAUAAUGCGUGCCGGUUUAUGAUCUCGACGAGUGGGAAUCGCGGCUGGGAGGGUAAUACGACCGAGGUGCUGCUGGGAUAUGAGAUUGGGGCUUCUCAGUAA